CGUAGUCAUUUGUUCUUCAAGUGUUUCUUUCAGUUUUAAGUUCGAUUUCGGCAGCCAUCUUUUUUAUUUUUUUUUGAAGUAGGUUUCAUUUUAUUAAAACUAUAUUGUGACGGUGCUGUUAUCAACAUUAAAUUCGUCUCUGAUUUUAUUAUAAAAUAGCAGUGCUACACUGUUUAACAUAUUCUUAAACACAAAAGAAAAAACAAAAAGUCUGAAAUCAACAUUGAAAUCGUUUGUAAAAACCUUAUGUUUUAUCCCAGAGUGUUACCAUAAAAAAGUUCAUCGGUGAAUUUCAUAAAUAUUUCCUUAACAAAAAUAUUUUUUGAAAGGUAUGCCAAAAUCUCUUAUGUUGCUGGCAGUUGAUAGAAAGCCUCCUAAACUUGUUAAUGGAGACGCGAUAACUUAUUUAUUUACCGAUAACAGGUGGUUCUUUGCUGUUUUAUGAAAAUCCAAGAAGUAGUUUAGGAGAUACAACAACUUUACAAAGUCGAAGAAGCUUCUUUUAUUAAAAGCUUUAUUUUUAGUAGUAAGUAAAAUUAUUCUAUAACGAAACCACCAUUAAAAUGCUUUCCGCGUCCUUUUUUAGGUUUAACUUUUGGAGAGUUAAUUAAGGAUAUAUAAGGCAAUGAAGAAUAAAUUAAAAUAUAAUUUAUAUAUAUUUAUAAAAUAUAUUUUCACUGCCAUUGUUGCUACGCAGAAAUGAAAUAUUUACCUGAGAACCCGGUUUUUUAUUUGUGUAAUAUGGGAGCGCAUUUGCAUGUUGUGUUAACUUUACGUUAUUCAUUCUACUUAUGCUUUCAUAUAAGUGAUUUGACUAUGGUAGGUAUAAAUUUUUAUUUAUGUUUUUAUAAUAUUAUCAGCUUUUAUUAUUUUGUACCUCAGGAAAAUCAGAUUAUAAAUUGUCAAAUUGAUUGUAUAGAAUUAUUAGAUAUCAUUAAAUUGUCAGUCCCGACAAGGUCGCAAAGAUAUUACCGACCUAUAGCGGUUCCCUCGUCAUCUACAAAUUAUAGGCAGAACAGCUUUAUUGUUAGAGCCAGCGUAAGCUUAAAUAUGAUGCUUGAUGAGUGUGGGUAAGAUGUUGACAUCUUUUAUUGCAACAUUAAUUCAUUUAAGCGGAAACUAAUAGAAUACUUACUGUCUCGUUAAUUAAUGACGCAGGUACGAUUAUUUAUUUGAUUGUAUAGUUUGUGCGUGAAAUAAAUGAUUAGAUCUAAGCUAUAUCUAUACGUGGAAACCUAUAAUUGGCUUAUUGUUUGUUAUGGCAUAAUAUAUCUUGUUUAAUAAGCUGUUGGUAAAUAAAUAUUAACUCUAUGGAUAAUAAACAUUGUAUUUUAGCAAAUAAAGGGCGAGUCCUUUAUUAGUUUUUUAUGCUGAAUAGGUAUCGUGGACUCUUAAUCGUUCAGUUAAUUAUGCCUUUGAAUCGGAUUUUUGACUUCAAUAAAAGUUUAUACUUCAACCAAAGUCUACUUUCAGAAGUUAUUUUUUCUUGUUUAGGUAGCUAAUGACCGUAUAAAAAUCAAUACAAUGUCAUAAUUUAUGUACUUUUUUUAUGACAAUACAUAAUGUUCGGUGCUUGUUAAUUCGAUAAUUAAAGAA